UAUGGUGCUAAUUAACAAUUGCCUAUGUGGGACUGUUUGGUAUUAAAUCCCCACACACAGUGGGAAUCUUUGGCCUUUAAGCAACCUUUGCUCCAAGCAAUUCUGAAACUCUUCCUUCCUCCCUUUGCCAGAUUCUUCUCUUCAAAACUCUCAAACCUCAUCUUCUACCCUUCUGUUCAAUUCCAUCUUUCUUCUUCAGCUCCAAAACAUGGCUAUCACACACGCUGACCUUCAACCCAGCAGAAGGAAAACAGAUUUGAGUAGCAAAACCGGUGCCUUUCUUAUGGUUCUCACAAUUCUGAUUGGCCUCUUCUGCUUCAUCCUAUGUCUCAUAGCAGAAGCCACACGUUCUGAGGUGACAUGGAUGAACGCAGGUGGAAAAGAAAACGGAGCCAAAUCAGAAUGUGUUUAUAGUGGUAGUGGGAAAGUGCCAUUACUAUGUGCUGUUUCUGCUUUUGUUGGACUUGCCUUUGCCAUGGUCACGCAGCACACUUACAUGUUGAUAGCACUCAGUAAAUCAUCACCUUCUUUGCUUACCUGGGAUCUUGAUUCUCCCUCUGCCAAGUCCCUAACAUGGCAAGCAGCGUUUUUCUUCGUUACAACUUGGAUUUGUUUUGGAGUUGGGGAGAUUUUGUUGUUGGCAGCACUGAGUGUAGAGUCAGGCCAUCUGAAGAAUUGGUCGAAGGCAAGAACAGGCUGCUACAGCAUCAGAGAAGGGUUGUUUUCUGCUGCAGGGGUGUUGGCUUUGACGACAGUUUUCUUGGCUGCUGGUUUAUACCUAACAGCACUACGUGCACAGAAAAUGGCAGAGGAAGAAGCCAUUGUUCGAAGAGAGGUUCUAGAAACCUCUGCCUUGUAUGCUUCUCCACCAAGAUCACCCCAACCACAGUACAUGUCAACCGUUGCAAGGGAGAACCCCACAAGCAGAGAAAACCAGAAUGAGCUUCUCUUGUCUGUGUUUCCAACUCCAUUUGUUAAAGGUUAUGACUUUGUUUGAAUGAUGAAAAGGGCACAGGGAAAAAGUGGAGUUAGGAGUUUUAGUUUCACACAACUCAAAGGGUUGAAAUUCAUUUCAUUCUGUAAAUAAUUUCAGAAUGCAGAUAAAAAGAAAAAACAAAGCUUAUUAUUAUUUCA